UGAGCACAUGGUCAAGACACUGCCAGAUCAUGCUAGUGAAUGCGAAGCCUUCCAGAUUCACCUAAUCCCCGGAAUGAAGCCCAGUCCAGAACACCACGGGCACAAGGAUAAAAGCAUACUUUGAACUAUUGGAGUUCAUACAGACACCUUGUUGGAAUCCAGCUCCUGCCCACUGAAUAUUCCUUCCCCCUCUUUGUAUCACUAGCACUGUACAUAGAUUGCUAUGCGUCUAAUCAUCCGCGACGACCCUGCCGCUGUCGGCGACUACGUCGCCAACUACAUUGCCAAACGCAUCAAUGACUUUGCCCCGACCGCUAGCAACCCUUUCGUACUCGGUCUCCCAACCGGCUCCUCUCCUAUUCCAACUUACAAAGCCCUCAUCAACAAAGUCAAGGAGGGCAGCUUAUCAUUCAAGCAUGUCGUCACUUUCAAUAUGGACGAGUAUGUCGGCAUUCCUCGCGACCACUCAGAGUCCUACCACACAUUCAUGUUCCGCGAAUUUUUCUCCCAUAUCGAUAUUCCCCCUUCCCAAGUCAAUUUACUGGACGGGAAUGCCGAAGACUUGAUCGCGGAAUGCAACGCAUACGAGUCCCGCAUUAAGCAGGCCGGUGGUAUCGAGCUCUUCCUGGGUGGUAUCGGCGAAGAUGGUCAUAUCGCAUUCAACGAGCCUGGCUCGUCCCUCGCCUCCCGGACCCGCAUCAAGACACUCGCUUACGACACCAUCCUCGCCAACGCCCGCUUCUUUAAUAACAAUGUUGCCGCUGUCCCCCGCAUGGCCCUCACAGUCGGUGUUGCCACAGUGCUUGAAGCAAGGGAAGUCGUGGUUGUGGUCACGGGCCAGAGGAAGAGCUUGGCUCUUAGCAAGGCUAUUGAGGACGGCGUAAACCAUCUUUGGACUCUCUCGGCGUUACAGCUCCACCCUUGGGCGUUGAUUGUAGUCGAUGAAGAUGCUACAGCUGAGCUGCACGUCAAAACAGUCAAAUAUUUCAAGUCGAUUGAACGUGUGCAAGAUGAGGUGGAGCAACGGCAGGCAGAAUUGAAGGCGAGAGGCAGGGAAGAGCAUCAGGGGCAGGUCGGCAGUAUGGAGUGAUGUUGUCUGAAUCAGCAAAACCCUAACUUAGUCGUAGUACCGUAGCCGAGCAUAGCCGUUCGUACUACUACUCAUCUGCAAAACCGGUGAUGUGUUACCUGUUCCAACUCGGGGCUUUUACGCUUAAUGGCUCUCAGUUACCAGCAGUAUACCGUAAAUUAUAACCGAGAGACCCCGGAAACGUCCGGAACGGUCCGUCUAUGUUAUUCCCUUAUUAUACAUUGCCCUGCUUAUGUACUCCACCCCUGUUUAUGCUUUACAGUAGAGUUUUUCUCCUGUAAAAAUCAGAUUUCAGUUCCCU